UAUAUAUAUUUAACUCAGAAUAAACUAGCACCAGUUUUCCCAGUAAAUCUAGAAAGAGGAAAAUAAUCAUUUCCUAGUGGCAACAAGUGCAAUACUGCGUGUACAGAUUCUGGAUCAACACAGACUUGUCAAAACUUUCUACUACAGGCAUCAAGAAGUCAUCCAUUUUCUCAGACGUUAUUAGCAAAGUACCCAGCCAGAGCUGCUGACUCAAAACUUGACAAUAAGAGGCUACGUUUCAGCCGUUCUGAAAGACCUCUCAGCAGCCAGCCAGCGACCAUGUCGUCAGCUGAUCUCAUGGAGUACGAAGACAACUUUACGGAAUACUUUGAAAAUUAUGAAGAGGACCAGCCACCCCAGUCCCAUCUCAGCCAUGUGCAAAUGGUUUCGCUUGUGCUACAUGGCGCAGCUUUUCUUCUAGGAGUGCCUGGCAAUGCAAUAGUCAUCUGGAUUAUGGGCUUUAAAUGGGAUAAGACCGUCACUGCCCUCUGGUUCCUCAACCUGGCAAUUGCAGACUUAAUCUUUGUCCUUUUCCUCCCUCUUUAUAUUACAUAUGUGGCCACGGGCUUUCACUGGCCUUUUGGAAAGUGGCUGUGCAAAGCAAACUCUUUUGUUGCCUUGUUCAACAUGUUUGCCAGUGUCUUCUUCCUGACGGCCAUCAGCCUUGACCGUUAUAUCCAUCUGAUCCAUCCCGUCUUUUCUUACAAGUAUCGGACUCUCAAAAAGACCUGCCUUUUGAUUUCUUUCAUUUGGAUUUUGGCUACGCUCAUUGGAAGCCCUGCAUUGUAUUUUAGAGACACACUCACGCUACCAAACAAUAUCACCAUUUGCUACAACAACUUUCACCCGAGUGACCUUGAUCUCAUUGUACUCCGACACCAUGUUCUGACCUGGGUAAGGUUCAUUUGUGGCUAUCUUUUCCCUCUGUUAACCAUGAUAGUUUGCUACUCUCUUCUGAUCAGCCAGGUGAAGAAGAGUGCAAUACUGACCUCCAGCAGGCUCUUCUGGACUGUUCUUGCUGUCGUCGUGGUUUUUUUUGUUUGCUGGACCCCAUACCAUAUAUUUAGCAUUCUUGAGCUGUCUGCUCACCAUAAUAGCUACUUGCACAGCUUGCUUCCGGAUGCCAUUCCUCUUUCUGUCAGCUUUGCUUUCAUCAAUAGUUGCCUUAACCCCAUUCUUUAUGUCCUUCUCAGCAAGAAACUCCGAUCCUGUUUUAGUGUGACAUUUUCAGAACUGGUGAAACACACACUCUGGGAAGUCAGUCGGUCUGGGACAGUCAGUGAACAGGUUUGGAAUUCUAUGAACCUUCAGCAGUGCGAAGCGUCUGAGCUUGAGACUUUUCAGGGUGAAAUAUCUCAGUGACCGGCACUGUCUUUGCAAAACAUCCACCUGAAACAAUAAGCACCUGAGGUGUUUAUAACUAGACAUUCAUUACACAGGGUAGCCAGUGUGGUGGCCUUCAUAUGUUUUAGAAUAGACUCCAGUUCCCAUCAGUCCUAGCCAACAUGGCCAAUAGUCAGGGAUGAUAGGAGCUGCUAUACACAACAUCUGGAGGGUACCAUGAUGGCCACUAAGUGCACUACUAAAUAAAUGUCCUUUUACUAAAGGAGAUUGACCAGGAAAAAUGUGCAGCUCUUGUUUCCUCCCCCCGCCCAGGUGUCCAUAAGCAUCUUUAAUCGUCAGUGGGAUAGCCGAUUUUUUAGGAGCCAAAAGCUCAUGUGCUUUUAACAGGAGCUUGAUGAGCUGACAUUAAAAGGUGAUGAUUUUUAUUCCCAUGCCACUUAAAACUUUACCUGCCAUUUUCUGUACAUGAAAGCAUAAGAGUAGGCCUGACAAUUUCCUUCCCAAUUGGAAAACCCACCAGCUCAAGCUACUAGGUGAAUGAGGAUGCUUUGUAAGACCAUAAGAUCUUGGAGGAUACUCUGUUCUACUAAAUGUUCUUAUUUUAUAGUUCUUCAAAAUCCAAAAUAUUGUCCUUCAUGGGUACCAAAUGAAGACUGUGAUUCUCCCGUUAGCCAUAUCAAGUACUCAUGUAGGGACAUUUCUCACAAAAAUCAUGUAAAAUACACUUUUCAGUGUUUUUUAAAAACAUAGUACAUUAUAAUCUUUUAAAGUGAUCAGGUAUACUUUCCAUUAUUUUCUGGCACAGAGCCUUACUGAAUUAAAUCGACAAUUUCCAUUUCUCCCCCCCACACACUUUUUGUUGUUGUUUAAUUCCUGCUAUGGAUGUAUAAGAUUAUAUAUUGUUGUUGUUAUGUGCCUUCAAGUUGAUUUCGACUUAUGGCGUCACUAUGAAUAGUAUAUACUAAAUGCAUAUAUAACCAAUUCCACAGGAGGUUAAUCUGUAACUCUGUUAGCAAGCUAUCUCAACAUUUAACAGUUAAGCUGGCUUCUUAUGCAUCUGAGCUGUAUCUAAUGUAAGCCCUACUCAGAUCAAACCCAUUAAAAUUAAUAGACAUAACUAUUUUAGGUCCAUUCAUUUCAAUGGGUCUACUGUGGUAGACCUAAUGCUGGAUUCAGUCCUAUGUACCAAUGGUUCAGGUCAGCAUACACAGUGAUAAAGUUAUGUACAGCAGGGCAUUUGCGCAUGUGAGGUCUCUUGUCCAUUGAAAGGAUUUGCACACACAGAAACUGAGCUAGAUAGUUGCACUUCCAGAAGAAGGAGGGUGUUGGCAAACAGUUUUAUUUUUACAAAAUAAGCAAAGCAAUAUAUUCAUUCAGAAUGAAAGGAUGGCUUUGAAGCUGCUUUACCAGUGCAGAUUGCACGUUCGGCAGUGUACACAAUCCCAUUGACUCUGCAUCCAGUGCGCUCCCACAGCUGGUUUGGGAAGCAACAUACACAUGAUAUUUGCUACAGUUCAUCUCUCUGCUAUAUAUAUCCUGUAGUUUCUUAGGAAAUACUGCGUUUUGAUGUGUUUUCCCCCAAACUAGCUGUGACCCAAAUUGAGAAAAAGAACAGCUGAGUUGUGUUGUAAGCCAGUAAUGUGUAUACAGUCUUUAUCUCAGACAGUUAGAUAUUGGCCUAAUUACAAAAUAUUUCAUGCUAGCUCUCCGCUCUUCCUCCCCCAACUAUAGCAUACAGCCUGACCUGGUUUACUAAGCACCCCUUCCCCAGUGGCUCCUUCUUACCUUUGUUCCGUUUCUGCUCAAGUCUUUUUUCUGUACCUUUCUCUCAGGUUCCUGUUUCUCCCACUGCUUAACCCACACCCUUGCUUCAGAUACUUUCCCUCUGGACUCCCUGUCCCUUGGCUUCCCUUCUCCAGAGACUUCUUUCAGAUCACUAGACAGGUACUCUUGUGAAGUAUUCAUCUACAAAGCUACUCUAGAUGAACUUUUCAUCUCAACAUGGCAACUUUCCCUUCUCUUAUAAACUCUGGACUGAAAACGUUCUGAAAGCUUUGUUCCCUGAGCAGUUGGAAUAUUCAUAAACUUCCAGAACAUCACAGUAGCAGGGGUGUCAAAACUACAUAUGGAUUAUCCAUCAGAGGAUGGUAAAAUGUUUAUUUCAAUGGGGCUUAGCUGUAAAAUCAUGUUUGGAUCCCAUGUGUAGAAAAUAAAUUGUACAUAAUUUAAAUAUUAUGUUUAAAACGGCAGUUCUGUUCUGAUUCACAUGCUGGACAAAACCAUGGUGUAAUAUCAACCAACUCCUGUGCAGAUUUAUAACCUAUACACUUUGGGUGAAACGAAUCAUUGCAACAAUCACAUUGAACAUAAGAUGAAGAAUCUUCUGGCUUCUUCCAAAUAUAAAACCUUUUGAUCCCAGCUUCUCCCAAAGUUCUACUUCUCAGGGCUCUUCGAUCUUCCUUCCAUAAAUUAUAAAGCCACUUCUUACACUUCUCAGGGUUUCUAUAAAGCUUAGUAGAUAUCCUACCCCAACAAGACGUCUCAUUUCUGUAACCUUCUUUGUUCAAAUACUGUACUUCUUGAACGAAAGCAUGUAUUAUCUGUUCUUCAGCAUCUAAUGCAGAACUUCAAUAUUUCCAUGACAUCUUAAAGGAAAUCUCCACAUUUGCAAAUAUAACUGUGGUGCUAACUGUUAGGCAAGGUGAACUGGAAUGGUAACUUAAGUUAGUUUUCAAUUGCAGCCAAUUGGUGUGGAGGCAUGAAACGACGGAUCGCUGUUUCAGGAUACACACAGCAAACUGAUGGAUAUUUUGGCAAUCAGCUGAGAGUCUGACCUACAUCCCGGCCCCAGGGUGUUUUUCCCCACCUGGAUCCUUAUCUUUGAUGAUAAAGAAGAUGGUUAUUUCUUUGAAUAGUCAAGCGAACAACAAUACUGACUUGUUAAUUUUUUAAUAUAUAUAGUAAACAAAAAGUACCUCUAAAAGUAUGGUUGUAUGUAUGUAUUUGUUUAUUUAUUAUAUUCCUAUCCUGUCCUUCCUCCAGUAUUAGCACAAAUAGAUCCAAACAGCAGGAAUUUGCAAGGAAGCAGGCCAGGGCUCUUUGCAGUGGCUAAGACAUAUGUCAAUAUGGUGGAGAUUGAUCGACUUCACUUCACAACAAGAUCUACACAAACAACUUUCCCCAUCAGCAAAGGCUAUUUGGUUUUCCUGAGCAAUUAAUUAAUUCCUUAUAAUUUUAUAUCUCUUAAUUAUGAUUAUGUUAUGCUAAAUAUUCAAGCUUCAAAACACUCACUUGUAUAUUAAUACUUGAUUUUUUAUUUCUACAGCUUUGCAUAUACACUAAAUCAAUUCAUAAAUAAUGGCUCUAGGGAGGGGGGAUUAGGGUUACUUUUAUAUUGUUAUAUU